CCUGUCAGUGCCCAUCAGUGCACAUCAAUGCCACAUAACAGUGCCUACCCCUGCACAUCAAUGCCACAUAUCAGUGCCCAUCUGAGCUUUCAGUGCCACCUAUCAGUGCCAGUCAGUGCCACCUAUGAGUGCUGCCAAUCAGUGCCACCUAUCAGUGCCAGUCAGUGCUGCCUAUCAGUGCUCGUCAUUGCUACUUAACAGUUCCAGUCAGUGCCACCUAACACUGCCAGUCAGUGCCGCCUAUCGGUGCCUCCUAUCAGUGCCAUAUAUGAGUACUGCCUUUCAGUGCCCAUCAGUGAUGCCUGUCAAUGCCCAUCAGUGCCACCUAUCAGUGCCACCUAUCAGUGCCCAUCACUGCAGCCUAUCAGUGGCCAUCAUUGCAGCCUCAUUA